UCCGCUUGUUGUCUGUGUAACCAAACAACACACGCUGAAGUUGUCUCAGUUGCAGAUUUUUUUUAUUUUAUUAUUUUAUUUUAUUUGUAGGCUGACUAAAAAUGAAUCUCAAUUUACCUCUGUCGUCGGUGCACAACGCCUCGCGCAACUUUCAGUUAAUAACACAGGACUUCCAGCACCCUGGAAAUUCAGAAACUAAUGCCUCAUCAUCACUCAGCUCAAACAACACGACUGGGAAGCUGGAGGACGACCUGGACGUGAAUACGGACAUUUACUCCAAAGUCGUGGUCACUGUGAUCUACAUCGGUCUCUUUUUAAUAGGGUGUCUGGGCAACUCCAUCACGGUGUACACGUUAGUUAAGAAAAAGACUUUACAGAACUUGCAGAGCACCGUGCACUACCACCUGGCGAGCCUGGCGGUGUCCGACCUCCUCAUUCUAGUUCUGUGCAUGCCAAUAGAACUCUAUAACUUCAUCUGGGUUCACAACCCCUGGGCAUUCGGCAACGCUGUGUGCAAAGGCUAUUACUUUUUGAGAGACGCGUGCACCUAUGCCACCGCUUUCAACAUUGCCAGCCUCAGCGUGGAGAGGUUCAUGGCGAUAUGCCAUCCUUUCAAAGCGAAGAGCAUGAUGUCCAGAAGCAGAACCAAGAAGCUGAUUAGUGCUAUCUGGGUGGCUUCUUUCCUGCUGGCCAUCCCCAUGCUUUUCAUCAUGGGGCAGAUCUAUGUCAGAGAGGUUAAAAUCUGCACCACAAUCGUGGACCAGUCGAUGGCAAAGACCGUCCUACAGGUUAACGCCUUCCUUUCGUUCGUAUUCCCCAUGGUGGUGAUCUCUGUGCUGAACACCAUUAUCGCCAAUCAGCUCAUACAGAUGUUUAAACAGGCUGCCCAGGACAGCAGGGUCUGCAACAUUGGAGGACAUCCCACAAUGCUGAGCGUCUCUGUGGAGCCCAGCCGAGUGCAGUCUCUUAGACAUGGGGUCAAAGUCUUACGGGCUGUUGUGGUCGCCUUCGUGGUCUGCUGGCUUCCGUAUCACAUUCGGCGCCUCAUGUACUGCUAUGUGACCGACUGGACAGACUUUCUUUUUGACUUCUACCACUACUUCUACAUGGUGACCAACGUCCUGUUCUACGUGAGCUCCACGGUCAACCCUGUCCUCUAUAACCUGGUGUCGGCCAACUACAGGCAGAUCUUCAUGUCGACGCUCAGCUACUUCUGUCUGCCUUGGAGGAGGAAGAGGAAGCGGCCUGCCCUCGCCAGGCAUUUCAACAGCAUCACGAGCAAUCAAACCUUCUCCAGUAACAUCAUUAAGGAAACAAUGUACUAGCACGGCUGCUGUGUCUCGGUGGCUCUAAGGCACUAAUAGUCUGGGUUUUGCGUUUUCAGCCAGGGGCUAAGCAUUUUAUUGGUGUUUUUAUUGACUUCAGAUCUGUCUGUGGUCAUUAUUGUAUGCAUGUUCAUUUUUCGUACCUGCUUAAUACACUAUUAUGCAAGUUCUGUAUGGUUCUGUGUUGCUGUUUCUGCUUCGAACAUUGCUCGUGCUUCUGAAAAGACUCCUCAACUCUCAUUAGGAUGGGUACGGCCUCCAUGUACAUCCUAACAUCUUUUCAGAAGUAAUUGCUGUUCAGAACACACAUCAUAGGAUAUUAAACAGGCAAGACAUAGGAGAAUAUGGGUGAAAUGUCUCUUGCUAGAACUUUUAGUGGUCUUCAAGGACAAAGCUAGUGAAGCUCUGUGUCCACGAACAAGGUGUUAAUGACUGGAUAUUUUCCAUAGUGUGUAAAUACGAUAAUAAUGCACAGUGCGUUGUAAAUAGUAUGACAUUUGCAUCACAGGAGUAGUUUCAUUUUCUUGUAAAGUUUUGUACAGUAGCCGUGCACUAAUACUGUCCAGAAAUGUGGAUUCUUGAACAGUAGGCUGUGAUUAUUUAAUGCAUACACAUUGUAAAUACCCAUUAUAUUUUUAACAGAGUACAUUGUCACCGUGAAUCUUACGGUUUUUAUGUUAAAAUAAGAAAUCACUUCCGCAGUCUAUGUAUUAAGUAUUUGUCUAAAGCAAGAACUCCAUCAGCAUGUUUGAGGUUUUUUUUUUGUAUACUUGGUUUACUGUCCAAAAGUUUUUAAAAAAAAACUACAGCUUACUGCACUACAGCUUUAAACACCACCUCUAACCUUUACUCCACUACUCGCUAAGUGUUUUAAAAUGAGAACAGACUGUUCCUUUUAAAACACAUGCCGGCUCUCUGUCUCGCUCCUGUAAAGAAUGGAUUUGCCCACUUUCAGUUCGUUCCAAUUACUGUACUUCUGAGAAGCAUCUGCUCAGCAGUGUUUCAGUGCAUUGACGUAAUAAUGUGUUAAAAUUGGGUCCUUCUUUCCUUCAGUCCUUGGGUGUGAUUAAGGUAGAGGAAGCAGCACAUGAUCCUUUUGAGUUUGCCUGUACUGGCUUUAAUGAAUACAGUACCUAUCUAGGCAGUUUAAGGCAAGUGGAAUAACGUCCGGUAUUAACUAUUCACAUGUCAUUUAAAAUGCCAUUGUAUUGUCAAACUACAUAACUGUAAUUACAUUACAACUGAUUUAACUAAUCAUGAAUACCAAUUCAGAUAGUGUGGAUCAGGCAUUCAAAUAGACGUGUGCAUUAAUUAGAAAUGUGACUCAAAGGGGCUCCCGAGUGGCGCAUCCAGUAAAGGCGCUCCUCGCAGGAUGUGCCCUAUAGCCUGGAGAUCGCUGGUUCGAAUCCAGGCUAUGUCACAGCUGACCGUGACCGAGAGUUCCUAGGGGGCGGCGCACAAUUGGCUGAGCGCUGCCCGGGUAGGGAGGGCUUAGGUCGGCAGGGGAAUCCACGGCUCACCGCGCAUCAGCGACCCCUGUGGCCGAUAGGGCGCCUGUGGCUCUGCAGCGGAGCCGCCAGAUCUGUGUUGUCCUCCGGCACUAUAGGUCUGGUGGCAUUGCUGUGGAUCUGCAGUGCGACAAAUGACGGCUUGGAAGGAGCACGUUUCGGAGGACGCGUGUUUCAGCCUCCGUUUCCUGAGUCGGCGGGGGGGUUGCGAGCGGUGAGCCGGGGAUACAGAUAAUAAUUGGGCAUGCUAAAUUGGGGUGAAAACCGGGGUAAAAAUAAUUGGCGACGACUAAAUUUAUAAAAAAAAAAAAAAAAAAAAAAAAUAGAAAUGUGACUCAAAAAUAUCAAAUAAGACUCAGUAGUGGGAUUUCAGGUGAAAAGAUGGUCAGAAAAUAGUGAAGGAAAUUCCCUUUUCACUUGUAAAUCACUUGUGCAGUUAUUACAUCGUGUGUGUGUGAGUGUUGAAAUUGUUUACAGUAUCGAUUAGAACCCAGAAUAAAUCUCAUAUAUGAACAGAAAAUGCAAAGUCAGUACACUAAAUAUUUAUGCAGUAAAUAUUUAGGUACAUAAACUGCCCAGUUAUUUAGCAAGAAUGAAAUCAUGCCUCUGAUAAGUAGGUUUGCCACAGACUGAUCAGGGAUAAUACAUUACUCUGGCAGAUUGACGUGUGUAUAAAUAUUUAGAGCAUUACCAGUCAACUGUGUAUGUGUGUGAAUCCAAAGUCGAUAGCAAGAGAAUUAUUCUUACACAAAAGCAUGUAAAGAGGGAUUUGCUGUCAGAAAGUAUUACAAUUCUGGGGCACUGGGAAGACAAAUUGAACCAGAUCAAGAUGACAAGCAACAUAAAGACUGCGUGCUAUGAGGGAUGUCGCCACUAGGAAGCAAAAAAAAAAAAGGAUAUCAUUGCAAUGCCCUUGGUGACUAGCAGUUGUACUGCAAGUUAAAAAAUAACUGUUACUCAAAAGCCAAUUCAGCAGUCAUUCAGAGGAUGAAAGAAGGAGUGAAAUAUGUCCUGAGUUUCUGCUGGACCAUGGGAAGGUUGUUGUCCGAGCCUUCUCAGAACCUUUUCUGUUCUCCAACAGUAGGAAGAAUACUGGGAGAGGGAUUUUCCAGGACAUGGUCUGCUAGCCAUAGCUGUAAAGGCUAUGGCAUGUUGAUAGCAGGGAUGUAAAGCUGAUCUGUGGAAGCAGUGUGGCUGGAAUACAAAGUGCAUGGGCUGAAUUGUAAAUGUGCAGAUCUGCAUUGCUGUUCAGGAGUGGAAAGCAACUGUGUUUUAUGCAUUAUUUUUCCACCAUUUCCUUCACUGUAAUGAGCACCUACAAGCUGUAAUUAAAAGAAAACUAGCUUACACUUCUUUUAAUAUGUAUUACACACAGCAGAUUCUGAUUACACGUGUAGUUGUUCAUUCGUAGUAUAUGCAUAAUUACAGUGUAAUAAACAUCACUUGGGACCUGAACCAGUAGUUGUUAAUAUUAUUACACACUGAACAGCUUCUUAGACUGUUUCAGUGCACUUUUUCCCCCCAUUGUUAUUUCCAAAGAGAAUAAAACAUAUAUAAAUAAAACAGAACCAAUGUUUGACAGUGAAUGUACUUAAAAUACAGUAAGUUCUAUUGUAUCAAUAAAAACAACUACAAAAAUAUAUUUACACUGUUUUACAUGUAAUUGUGAUUAAACUGCGGUGUGCGAAUGUAUUAUGGUUGACGUGCGGCUCCAGUUCCUGCUUGUAUUUGAAAUGUUUUGUGUUGGAUGUGUGUGCUAUGGUAUCUGUUAUGUUGUUAUGGUUUCCCCUUCCCUUGCAGUGAUAAACAGUGCCAAUGUAAAAUCAGCCGUCAAUUGCUGCUUUGUUGAAAUGUUGCCCUUUUGAAUAGAGUGCUUCAGUAUUUCUACAGAGCUCUAUUGUUAAAUGUGUAUGCGUCGAUAACAGUUUUCCUUUGUGACUCCACAGUUUUGUGUAGAUAAUCUGUAGUUUGAUAUUUGUGCAGGUAUCGUUUUGUGUCCGGUGUGCUCCAUGUGGUUUCUAUGGUUUGUUUUAAAGGAUUAUGUAAGGUGUAGCCGUACCUGUUUUAGUGUCAAAUGGAUUGUAAAUGGGAUAUGACGUUGACUGGAUAUGAAGAACAGUUCUGUGUGGUUUUUUUCCUAAUAAAUUGUUUGUGGCAAAUGA